GCCAAGUUGAAGUCUCAUUCGGUUCUCUCGUUACACAACCAGGCUAGUUAAGUUGACGGCGAUAGUGAGGCGUUAAUGAACGAGAUGAUGAACAAAGAGAAGGCCCAGAAUCGUCCCAUGGAAAUUUUUUGAAUGCCCACUGGCAGGAGCACAUCGAUGCAUGCCCGGUCGUACGUGAAAAACAAACUCAGCCUCGGCUCUUUCAGUCGGAUACAUCAGCGGACCGCGUCUUUGAAAUCACUUGGCAUCCCUCUUAUUCCUCGCGAGAGUUCCCUUCCUUCCGACCUCGAUCUUUUUCCAUUUCUGAGAACGAGCCUGAGCUUAACGACCAUCCAGGCGGUGGUACUAUUUGACGAUCCGAAAAUUAUCGACAUGAACGCUACUCAGGACCCGACAUCAUCGACGUUGCCUCCACCUGCCACCCAGAAACGGUUUUCGCAGCAUUCGAUAGGCAAGGACAGACGCGACGGUGAAGAUAAUGAUGCUUCGGCUAUGGUGAGGUUGAAGAAACAUUUGUUCGCGGAGGUCGAUGGAGAGCAGUGCUCGGCGCCAUUGACUGUAUAUUGCUUUAUGACUGGUUUCAUCGACUCGGUUACAUUCUCUGCUAUAUUUGUCUGGUGCGCGUUCCAAACAGGAAACAGUGUCCAACUGGCGCUUGCGCUUGCUCGCCUAUUCAACGGGCAGCACGAUCACUCGUUCCAUAUCGCGGACCGUCAAGCGCUGUGCUCGGUGCUCACGUUCAUUUUCGGAGCCUUCAUCGGCCGCCUCGGCGAUAAGUUGGGCUGCAAGACACGGUUAUGGCUGGCCCUCGGCACCUUCAUUCAAACCCUAUUUACAAUGGCAGCCGCUAUUGCGAUAUGGAAGAGCCAUGAGGGUAGCGUUGCUGAUGCACGUGCCAACCCCGCAUGGACCAAUGUGUUGUCCUUCGUGUGCAUAGGAUUCAUGAGCGCAAGCAUGGGUUUGCAGGGCAUUAUGGGAAAGCGUGUUAAUACGCAGUUCACUACUACAGUUGUGCUCACGACGACUUGGUGUGAGCUCAUGGCUGACCCUAAGCUCUUUGACAUCCGACGACUCGUCACUUCGCGCGAUCACAAGGUCAUGGCAAUUUUCAGCCUGUUUUUGGGAGGCUUCGUCGGCCGUGUGUUGAUUGACAGUGUUGGUUCGGCUGGUACACUGGGCAUCGGUACAGGUAUCCGUUUGAUUAUCAGCGUAUGGUGGCUUUUCAUGCCGGAGAAGCAAUCUAAGAAGUAAAUGUGUAUGAAGUGCUCAUACGCGUGUUUAUGACCGUGUACAUAUUUUCAUUGUUGAUGACUAGGAGACGAGAUGCUAUGUAUGCUGACGGGUAGGGGAGACGAGUGGUACGAGGCUGAGAAGAUUUUUUAUGAUUAUACCCGUACUUUUAUUGUAGUUUUUACCUAGAGUUUUUUUUUCGUUUUGUAGAUACCAUGUUUCACGGAGGCAUCACAUUUGCCAUCCCAAUACUGAUACUCACAUUCGACGUUA